AUGGAGUAUGGGCACCUUGCAGACAGGUGCCCAUAUGUAGACACCCUGUGGUGGGAGGCCUACAGACGGGGUGAGGGGCACGGUGGAGGAAUGGCUUUUCCGGGGAGAAAUCCAACCCAAGCCAAGGAGCCAGUGCCAUCUCUAGCGCCAAAGAGGGAAAGCAGCUGGGACAGUGCCGCCGGCACUACUGGAGUGCCCCACACUAAGGUCAGCAUUGCCGCUGCAAGCGCCAACACUGCCAGUGUGUCCUCGGCUGGGGUGCCCCGCACUAUUGCCAGGGUGACCACGGCUGGGUUGCCCCGCACUGUUGCCAGGGACAGUAGUGAGGGGUCAGAGGGGGUCCUGAGCCUCACCAAGGAGGUUGCCAAGUGGUGGGGAGAGUGGAGCUGCUGGUCCACCUGCUCUCGUACCUGUGGAGGGGGUGUCCAGUCCCAGGAACGCCACUGCCUGAAGCAAAGGCUUGUUUCAUCACAACAUGUGAACAGCACUUUAUGCAUUGGCUUAGCAAAGAAAUACCAGCUGUGUCAAAUUCAGAUCUCAAACAAUGAUGACUAUAUCAACAUAUCGAACAAGCCGUGCGACCUGCAGUGCACCACCAGCAAUGGGGAGAGGCAGCUCCUAGUCCCUGCUCACGAUGGCACCUCCUGUAGGGACAGGAUGUUCCAGGGAGUCUGCAUUGAGGGCAAAUGUGAGGUAGUGGGAUGUGACGGGAUGUUGUACUCCAGUAAAACUACAGAUAAGUGUGGAGUGUGUGGAGGGGAUGACAGAUCAUGCUACCGGAUCUCUGGGUCUUACCGUAACGGAAUCACACAGUUAGGCUACCUGUUUAUAACUAACAUCCCUAUCAGAGCAACAGACAUUCAGAUCAUCGAACGACGAAAAACUGAAAAUAUUUUAGCUCUGUCAGAUGAAGAGGGCCGUUUCUUCUUCAAUGGCAACACUGUGAUUGAUAAUCCCAGGAACUUCCGUGUGGCAGGCACGGUAUUCAAAUACCAGAGGCCUUCCAAUCUUUUUGCAGAUGGGUUUGAAUACAUAAUCGCGCAAGGGCCUAUCAACCAAGGCCUGAACGUGAUGGUAGCGCCUCCAGUGAUGGAGAUGGAGCUCUACGACAGCGUCCCCGAGCCUAGUGUGGAAAACACAGGUGUGGGCCCGCAGCCUGAGCAAGACAAGCAAGACCCUGUCCGAGACUUUAAUGGCACAUCAGUGGAGCUCAUGUACGAUGGCAAUGAGGACUACAAGCGUGGGAAUGACACCCCCCCCUCUGACCUCCGAGAGCAGCCCCGCUACACACAUGGGUCUGGGAGCCCUCAGUCACAGCUCAGCCUCCAAAACUCUAGCACUUUCGUUGACAACAACCUGUCCCUGGAGAUCUACUCCAAGAGUCUCAACUCCAAGCUCCACACAGGGCCUGACGAAAGCAUCUCUUAUAGCAUGAUUUCAGAACUGGAGCACUCCCAAGCCAACUCCUCCCACCAGCUGAACCUGCUCCAUCUCCAUGAUGUGGAGCCUGUUCAGGCUCAUGGUACUGAGAGCAAUGAGUUUGAGGUGGGCUUGGUAGAUCAUGACAUCAGUCUGGCUGACUUGUACAGAUGGAAGGUAUCUGCGUAUGCACCCUGCAGUUCAACAUGUACUACAGGAGUCACUGCUUCCUUCGCCAUGUGUGUCCGCUAUGAUGGAGUGGAAGUUGAUGAAAACUAUUGUAAUGCAGUUACGCGACCUGAACCAACUCAUGAAUUCUGUUCAGGGAAAGAAUGUCUACCCAGGUGGGAGACCAGCAAGUGGAACGAGUGCUCAAGGACGUGUGGGGAAGGCUAUCAGUUCCGCACAGUGCGCUGCUGGAAGAUGCUGGCACCGAGGUUCGACAGCUCUGUGUAUGAUGAUCAGUGCGAGGCAGCAGCGCUCCAGAGGCCCAUGGAACGGAAGAUGUGCAGAAACAAGGGCUGCGGGCUGCAGUGGGAGGUCUCCGAGUGGUCUGAGUGCUCUGCAAGAUGCGGAGGGAAGGGGUUGGUGAGACGGGAGGUGUGCUGCUCAAUGGAAGCCCGUCUGUGCAAUGAGUCCUCUAAACUGCUGAGUGAGAGGGAGUGUGAUGGCCUGCCUUGCGACAGGGGGUGGACUGUGUCUGACUGGGGACCGUGCUCAGGGCCCUGCGGCGAGGGCCGGAUGAUGAGAUAUGUGGUUUGCAAGAACAGCAAUGGGAAUGUUAUCUCAGACUCGCAGUGUGAUCUGGAGCUGAAGCCCCUGGCCGUGUACCCCUGCGGGGACAAGAACUGCCCUGCCCACUGGGUGGAGCAGGAGUGGGAGCAGUGCAAUGCCACCUGUGGUCGGGGGGCGAAGACCUGGCUAGUGAUCUGUGUUGGACUGGAGAACGGGGUCUACAAGGAAUAUCCUGAGCAGAGCUGCAGCCUCUCACAGAGACCUGAGGAGGAGACUGCCUGCUUCGAGAGGCCCUGCUCCAAAUGGUUCACCACAUCAUGGUCACAGUGCAGUAAGACAUGUGGGAGUGGGGUGAAGGUGCGGGAGGUCAAGUGUUACCAAGGAGAGGAGGUCAGGCACAGCUGCGACCCAGGGACUAAACCAGAGUCCCGGCAGACAUGCAAGAUCCAGCCCUGCCCCACUGAAGCUCCAGAUGAGGUCUGUAAGGACAAAGCUACUGCAAACUGUGCCCUUGUUCUGAAGGUGAAACUCUGCACACACUGGUACUACAGGAAGGCCUGCUGUCAGUCAUGCAAAAACAAGACCCAAUAGGAUGAGGAGGAAGACAGAAAACAGCUGGACAGAGGGAUGUGAGAGCUGUCUGACAACAGGACAUCUAUAAGUAUCAAAUCUAAUAGGUUGUAGACUUGUCUGAAGAGGUAGGCUCUUGAAAAAGGGCCAUAAGGUGUGCAUUUAUACAGGAUUGUUACAGGCUGCAGAGGCCCCAUGCAUCUCAGUUUCACAAGGACUGGGUAAAAGCCAGAUGGACCAGAUGCAAGGCUUAUAAUUACAAUCUGAGACUUUUACCUGUAUGAAUAUGUUUCUUACUCGUGACUGUAGAAGUCAUCAUUUUUUGUAUUUGAUUUGUACAGAUGUUUGUAUAACCAACCACUUAUUUUGUAAGAAAUAAAAUGUAAAAUAAAGAUUACUUUGAACAGUAAGUAACAGUAACUUAAAACAAUGUGUGACUGUGCAAUGGGGCAAGGAAUGUUUAGCUUUAACGUUCCUAAACCUCUUCUACUAACAGUGAUGAUUCUGGCUUCCAGUUGACCCCAUUUGAAGUCAUCUUUGAAAGUUACUAUUUGAGAACUGUCAUGAGGUAGCUGCCACCAUUGUGAAAUCUGUUUUAAUGAGACGCAAUGGUUGCAUAACGCUUUAUCAGUGCGUAUGUUUUAGGUUAUUUGUGAUAUUCUAAGUAUUGCAAGAAUGACCCCAGAGCUUUCCAGUUGAGCUUGAACAGCACCCCACCUGACACAUAGGGGUUAAUAAAAAUCAC